AUGACACUAAGCGAGGAUUCCUCGUUGCAACCACAAUCCCCGAGCGAUACUCAACAAGUGGUCGAUAAUAGCAACAACAACAACAACACCCAUUCGACAUUGACUACCACCGAUGAUACUACUACUACUACCAUCAAAGAUGACAAGCAACAACAUGUAGUGGAUGAUCAUGACACCCAUUUGGAACAAGAACGCGCGCUUGAAACGGAUCAAGAUCCAGUAACCGAUUCAUCAAAGGCAACAGCUAUCCCAACAAGUGAAAAGGAAGCAUCUCAACAACAAGAAGCUUCUAAACAGGAUCCUGCAGAAUCACCUGCGGCGGACAUUAAGCACGACGACGACAACCACUCGGCAGCAGCAGCAGCAGCAGCAGCCCCUGCCCUCGCAUCAUCCUCAUCACCUGAAACACCCAUCACUACCACUACUACAGAUACUCCCAAUUUGGAUACUAUUACUACCACUACCCCAUCAUCUAUUGAAUCCAAGCAACAAGAUGAGAUCAAGAAGGAUACAUCAGAGUCUGAAUCUGUGGUGGAGAAGGUGGUGGAUAAAGAGGAGGAGGGAAAGAUUGCAAAGAUGGAAACGGCUGCUGCUGUAGAUGAGAAAGCAACAACCCCUGUCUCGGAACCACAGGAAAAGCUUACCGAUGAACCAGCAUCUGUACAACCUCCCACAAGCGAAGCACACAACUCUGCCACCAACAAUAUCGACCAAGAUGAUAAUGCUGCUGAUGCUGUUGCUGAUAUUAAGGAUGAACAACAUGAAUCGUCAUCGUCACAACAGGAUACAAUCGAUCACAAGGAUGAUGAACAACCUUCUGUGGCAAAUCAGGUGGAUCAGAAAGCUCCCACUGACGAUGAAACACAAUCGUUGGCUGUUGGCGUUGAGGGUGAUGCUACUACCAAGGAUGCCAAGAUUCAACGUACUUUGGCUAUUAUCAAGCCCGAUGCCAUUCAAGCCAACAAAGAGAAUGCCAUCCUUGACAAGAUCAAGCAAUCGGAUUUCGUUGUUGUUCAAGAACGUGAAUUGCAUUUGACCAAGGAACAAGCGGGUCUGUUUUAUCGUGAACAUGAAGGCAAGCCAUUCUAUGAUGAAUUGACUACUUGGAUGAGCAGCGGCCCCAUCCAUGCCAUGGUGCUUGAAAAGACCAAUGCUAUCCGUGAUUGGAGAGAGCUCAUGGGCCCCACUGAUCCAAACAAAGCACGUGAGAUCGAGCCCAAUAGUUUGCGUGCAUUGUUUGGCACCGAUGGAAUGAAUAAUGCCACACAUGGCAGUGAUUGCCAAACCAGUGCUGAACGUGAAAUCGACAUCAUUUUCAAUGCCAUCACUUCGACUACUGAAAAGGAACCACUUGAGCAACCCAAGGAGAAAGAAAGUGUCGCAAAGCCUGUGGAGGAUGCUGCCAGCAAUGAUGAAUCGGUGAAGCAACAACCGACAAAUGCUGAUUUGGUUGCCAAGGAGGAUGAUACCAAAACCAACAUUGUGGAAGAAACGACAACGACCGUAUCAGCUGAUGACAAGUCCAAGUCGAAUGAUGAUGAAAAUAAGGAGGUCGAGCUUGCAUCAUCGAAUGAAACGACUACAGCCGAGGAACAGCAUGUUGAAUCUACUGCCACCACCACCACCAUUGAUGAAAAGGAAAUUGAGAAAUCGGUGCCUGUUGUUGAAGAGCCUGGAAAGGAAGCAUCCAAUGGAAAAGAAGCCGAGAAAUCAGUGCCUAUUGUUGAAGAGCCUUCAAAGGAAGCAUCCAAUGAAAAAGAAUCUGAAGAUGAGACAUCCAAGGCAAAGGACUCAGAACAUGUGGUCAUUGCUGAGACAACUGAUUCCUCUGCUACUGCUGCUACUGCUGCCAUGCAAGAAAAGCCAUUGGAACAAUCAACUGCUGAUAAUGCCGCACCUGAACAGCCAAAGGAAACUUCCAAGCCUAAGGAAGAGGAGGAACUCAAGCCCACCAAUGACAAGGCUGACAACAAAAAGGCAUCAGCAACACCAUCCAAGCCAAAGAACAUUAAAAACUUGAUGGCCAUGUUUGAGAGCGAUGGUUCAAAGGCACCUGAGAAAGCAGCUGCACCACCACCAAAGAAGAUUGUCAAGGAGCUUUCUUCAUCCAAGAAGCCUGUUGAGCAAGCACAAGCUCAAGCUGAAGAAUCUGUCAGCAAGGAUAAGGUUGAUGCAUCGAAUGACGCCAAAUCAAUUGAGCACAAGGAGAAUGAGCAAUCGGCUACCACUAUCCCUGUUGUUUCCGAAGAGCCAUCUUCUACUCAAGAAGCCGUCAAAGAGGACAAAGAAACCAAGGAGGAUGACAAGAAGGUCAACAAAGAAAAAGUGGCAAAGGAGAAAAAGGAGGCAGCUAUUGAAAAACAAUCGUCCAAUGAAUCAAGUGGUUCAUCCGACAAGGCUUCUGGUAAAAAGACUACCACAACAACAGCAGCAGGUAGCAAAGUGCCAACAGCCACCAAGCCAAAAUCGCCUUCUCGAUCACCCCAACGCAAAACGGCCACUACCACUGUUUCAUCCAAAGAAGAGCGUACCAAAAAGGCAGCUACCACCACAACUGUAAAGAAAACGGUGACUGAAAAGAGAUCGGGUGGUGGAAACACUGUUACUACACGCACUGUUACUUCGACUACAAAGCGCAUCUCACCCACUUCUGGAGCAGCAGCAGCAGCUGGUACAACAACGGCCAAAAAGACAACCACAACAGCCAAUCGUGUGCCUCGUGUUGCUACGUUAGCAGCCAAAAAGACAUCACCACCCAAGGAAGAGGAAAAGGCACAUGCACCUGCUAAAAAGACGACUACUACUCGUACAUCCGUGUUUUCAAGAUUGACUGCACCCACAGCUGCUAGUGCUCGUAAACAUGCGGAUGACAAUGCACAAACCGCCACUACCACCAAAAAGACGACUACUGGUUCUUCUCCUCCACGUCGUAUCAGCCCAUCCAAUACUGCUGCCAGAAGCACCGUUGCCACCAAAAAGCCAGCUACCACUACCACUGCAGGUCGUACCACUGUUAAAAAGACAUCACCUACUGCAUCUGGCACUGAUAGUAGUGGUGCUCACACUACAACCAAACGUGUCGUGCGUCGUGCACCAGCUGGUGCAUCAGCUACCAAGGCUACUGGAACAACUACUACAAAGAAGGUGGCCGAUCCUAGCAAGCGUGUGGCAUCCAAGACCAAACCUGUUGCUGCUGGUGCUGCUGCUGGUGAUGAUGCCAACAAAGUUGAGCAUAAGAGCGAAUCGUCUGGAUCAGAGGAACAAGAACAAAAGCAAGUGACAGUGAUUGAAGAGCCUCCCAAAGAAGAAGAUGAAAAAGAGCCUUCAUCAUCAUCAGCAGAAGCCAAUGGAAAAGAUGUUGUCAUGACCGAUAACAAGGAAGAAGAGGAGCCACAACAACAACAACAACAGGAUGCUGCUGAAGCAGUAUUACAAGAGCCUUCUAAUGUACAUGAUGAGGAAGUUGCAUCGAUUGUUGUACAACAACCUGAACCUCCAGCUACACCUCCCAGUGAUGGUAAGGAAUCAGCAUCCUCUUCACGAGCCAAAUCGCCCGAGGUGACCUCUUUGCGUAACAAGUUUGAAACAUCCUUGUCCACCAGCAGCAACGCAUCCAACGAUACCUCUCACCUUAAAGAUGCCCGAUCCGUCUCUCCUAGCAAUCGUGUCAAGGACAUGAUCAAUCGCUUUGCCGGAUAG